GCACACCUUGUUGUCUAGUACCCGUACCCCAGCACACCUAAGACGCUCAACAUCGUUACUAUUUGUUGCUCAUACCCAGAGUACUAUCCAGAGCGUUGUAUAUUCAUUCAUGGCAGUGCUAUCCCUGCCGUUAGCAUUCACUAACUCGUUCUGGACUCAGGACUAUAGGAAAGGCUUGGAGGUCUUGUAUAAUAAGCUCGAACAGGGUCUGGUGGAGAAUCAUGAGAUUGUCGCAUUCAUAAAAGCUCGUGCAGCCGCUGAGGCUCAAAUUGCAACAUCAUUGCAACAACCUGUACCUCUUGGCUCACAUGGCGCCGGUUUCAACAAGGAUGACGGAGCCUCUCUAUUGAUGGCCUUCCGUGGCCUUCAGGCAGAGUCGGAAACACAGGGCCAAGUUCACAAAGAUAUUUCAAAGGACCUACGGGCUCUUGUAGCUGACCCAUUCAACGAAUGGGCUCGGGGAUACGAGGAGCGGCUUGCUUCCAGCAAAGCUAUGGUUAUGAGCAACUGGCUGCGUGCAUAUGAGGAUUCGCAGAAAGAGGUUAUUAAACUGAAAAACUCUUAUCUGCAAAAGACUCGCCGAGCGGAUGAGGCGGAGGAUGACGUGAAGUUUGCACCUAAUAAUGAUCUGGGGGAUCAUUACACGACCUCUCCGCGCCUUGCGCCACGCGACAAGAGCACGCAACCACAGCGCUCUGCUACAGUGUCUGAACGCAUUGCCCAGCGCUUCAAGGAAAUUCAGCGCAAGGCUGCUGGUGCCUCGAUUUCAUCUGUGGAGUCAGAUGUAGCAAGCGAGACAUCAGAAGAGAAGCCUCCUGCGAAAGUGGACAAAGGCAAAAGGAGAGCAGUAGAGUCGCCGUCACCUUCUCUUAUGGAAUCUCCGCCUCCGCUGUCGCCUCCCUUGCCUCCCACAAAGAUGGAAACUGCGUCCCCAUUGUCCAUGGAUGCACCCCUACCUCCGACGCCCAUACUAUUGGCAGGUCUAGCAAUACCCCCGGCUAGCGUUUCUGCAUUGCUUUCACGAGCUGCUACUGAGCUGAAACCACGGUCCAUCCGGUUCCCCUUGCUUGGAGAAUAUCCAGAUUGCUUCACGGGUGAAGAGUUUGUCGCAUGGCUGAACGUCAAUGUACCAGGCUUUGAUGGCAGUCUCGAUCGGGCGGAAGAUGCCGCGAGGGAGCUGACAGAAAGAGACGGUCUCCUUCGUCGUAUUGGAGAGUUUGGUAAUGAAUUUGAGCACUCUGAUGAAGCAUUUUACCAGUUCCGACCCAAGGCUUUCGAACUUGGAUCCGAGGCCGAAACUGCACCGCCUGCGCCGAAGCGUAACCUUGCGCCUUUGGCCGACAACCUCUUCAAGCGCUCGAACAAUUUCGUGAAUGUCGUUUCAAAGGCCCUGAACGCCAACUCGCAGUCAGAGCCUGCUCAUGUCAGGCUUCGUGAAGAAGCCGAGGAAGCCGACAAAAUCUACCGCGUCGCUGUCAGAAAACUCGACAGACAGAGGCUUGGUCUUGAGGAACGUAUUGAGGAAACGUUGAAAACACUCCAGAGAGGGGAGAUGGAGAGGCUGAGAGCCGUCAAGACAGUGCUACUUCAAUACCAAGGCACCCUGGCCACCAUACCCAAGGCAUUCGAGCCAUCCAUCGAACGCUCCGCCACUUUAGUUGCCUCGUACCAGCCCGACGCGGAUUUAACCGCGCUUAUGGAGCGCUACCGAACUGGUCCCUUCAGACCCGUUCCCCAGCUGUAUGAGUCUGUUGCACACGAUGAGUCAGACGUGGUAUUUGGCAUCGACUUGCGCAAGUGGGCUGAAGGCGGCUGGAACGCGCUUACUUCUGGCGAGGAGAAGAAGGACUUGAUCCCGCCAGUGCUGACGGCGUUGCUCAACGCAUUGAACGAGGCAUAUGACCGUUUGCCAAAUGACUCAGAAAAACGGAAAACCUGGAUUUAUGAAGUUCCGCUUCCGGCGUUGCAUCACCUUAGAGAGGCUCUUAACGCCGUUCCUCCCGAGCAGCCCUUCUCGCCCGAGAUGCUUGCCAAAUAUGAUGUCCCUGUGCUUGCAGGUGGUAUCAAGCUGUGGGCUCUUGAACUUGAUCCGCCCCUCGCUCUUUGGGAGGGAUGGGACGAUAUCAGGAAACUCUAUCCUACUGUUGGGUCUGCAAAGACUGAUGGUGAGGCCUCGGAACAACAGCACCUUCAAGACUUGCAAGUGGCUCUUCAGCGCCUGCCGAAGGUCCACCUCUAUGUUCUAGAUGCUAUUGUGUCUCAUCUCAGAAAUCUGAUCCAAUCAACAACUGUGGAGGAAGCAGAUGACAUCUAUUUCACAAAGUUGGCACUGUCAGUUGGCCGCACGAUCAUCAAACCGAAGGUGGAGACGGAGCUGUCCAUUCAGGACCGCCACCCUACGCUUCUGUUCAUCGAUCUGCUCAAGAACUAUGAUGAUAUUCUCCCCCCUACUAUUGCCAAGAAGAAGCGGGAAUCUGAGCGUCGCGUCCCAGUCCGGAAACGCACAGCACCUAUUGACAUGCGUAUGAGUCGAGGCAGAAUCUCCGUUGGCGCUCCAACUCGGGAGAUCUUGGCUGCCCAGCAAGCAGCACAAAAGGUUGCUGCUCAGGUUCCGGGCGCGAUCCUUAGGCAUUUUCCAGAAGCUCCGCGUGCCGCGGUCCAACCUUCGCCGAUCUCAGAAUCGAAGAGCUUCAGCUCUGAACCAGAAACGGAAGCAGCCGUCGAGGAGUCGGAGCAAUUUGGUCGUACUGAACCGGAAAUCAUUCCCCCUCCUGCUGUUCAAGAUGACUCUGCGCCACCACGUCCGACAUUCAAGGAGCCACCUCCUGAGAUCGACGAUGCACCCCCCAGGCCUAUGUUCAAGGAACCGCCUCCGGAACUUGAUGAUAUCCCUAGCCCUAGCAUGCAACCUCUUUCCUUCGUUUCUCCGCCUGCCUCGCCACCCCCUGUGAUAGACGAGAAGCCGCCCUCGCCUGCGGUAUCCGUGACGCCCGCUACACCCCAUAACCCAAUGAAGGGACUCAGGCGCGCCUCGAUUGUGCACUCUGGUAGUGCAUCGCCUGUACGUAGCCCGUCUCCCCUUACGUCACCUGCUAUCCCAGCAGAUGAUCAGGCUUUGAGUGCCGGAAAAAGUGGUUUGUCAAGGCAUUCCUCUGGACAGGCGGCUGUACGUGGCCCGCGUCUAUCCCGUGGCCCAAGGCCGGCGGCGGGUGGAGGGACUGUAAGCAGCAUGGUAGCGAAUCUUAACAGAAGCUCGAUGUCGAAGUCUCCUCCCCCGUCGCCAAACUACAAGAGGCUUUCUGGUGGGACAACACGUCCGGCAUCGAUGCUGGGGGGUGCAGAUGGGAAAGGAAAGAUUGGCAGAAGUGGUGUGUUCGCCAGGAGGGCCAUGGCUAGUGAUGCGGAGGAUGAUGUGCUUGAUAGGGCAUGAGGUAUCGUUGAAAUGCUGACAUAUGAUUCAGAUCCAUGGGACAUGUUAUCUAGCUCAGAAUAUGCUCUGGAUGUAUUUAAGUGACGUUCUUGACUUGUAAUGUAACUUAUGCCACACAAGUGUCGCGUGCU